AUGAGCGCCGUGGAGGUGACAGAGGACGAUCUCCAUCUGCUGGAAGACGAAGUCCAGAACGAUCGCGCUCCGAGCCGGCGCUCUCAAGACUCCGGGGCAUCCGUUGAGCCGGUCGAUCCUCACCAGGUCAUCGAGAGCGAAGCCGCGGAAAACGUCGUCAAUAAUAACAGCUCAGACGCUCUCGAAACGUCCGAUGUAAAUCUUGACAAUCCAUUCGACAUUCCGACCGGCGUCCAAACUCAGACGAACGCAGCCAGGCCGGAAAAUCCUUGUCCUCAAUCUCAGACCGAGGAUGCGGCGGCGUCCGAGUCCUCUGAUACCGUGGCGGCCGAUCCCGACGUGGCAUUGGACGAAGCUCCGCAGAAGACCCCGCAGUCAGAUUCUCCGGCGCCGGAACAAGAUGCCGCUGUGAAUUCCGAUGACGCUGAUCAGGGAGCAGUGGGUGGCGGACCGGAAGCUGUCGUUGCUCCGAGCGAAGAAGUCCUCGGUAAGGUCCGGCCGAUGUGGAUUCACGACGAAGAUGCUCCGAUUUGCAUGAACUGCGGUCAAGACUUCACGAUGUUUAGACGGAGACAUCACUGCCGCGCGUGCGGGAAGGUGUUAUGCGGUAAUUGCUGCAAGGACAGAGCGAGACUACAAUUCAUGGACGGCGAGUUAGCCCGAGUGUGUUCGUAUUGCAUAGAAAUUCUCAACAGAGUGGAACGAUGGUCUCGGCCCGAUCCAUCAAAUCCCAUGGAAUACUGUUCAACCGUAAGCCCUUUAGCACAAAUGUCGUCCACAGCUCAGCUACCCCCGCCAACUGUCAUGGUUCCUGUCGGAGUUCUGAAAAAAGGUGGAGAAAAAUCAAACACGGCUGGAAACGGCUUGGGAGGAUCAUCAGGAUGCAGUAAGUCGGUCACGUUCUCAGACGGCAUUCGACCGGGAGGCGAUCUCACAGAUCUUGACAUUCCGUCGACACCUCCUGCGCAGAGAACCCCUCAGCGAACAUUAAAGCAGCUGACCACUGGUAGGUCUAAAGCUGUCGUUGCCCGGAAGUAUCGUAAAUACGUGUCGGUCACGGAUUCGUUAGGCUGUCUACCGAAUGUUCUCCUUUCGAAUAAGUUCAAGCCUUAUGACCAGCCGUUGACCGCCGGAACGCUGUUCAACUUACUGCAAGAUCCAACUCUACCUCCCGUGUCGUUCGAGUUGACGCGACAUAAGGUCCAGCUACGAGUGAAGAUUGUAACACUGGACUGUUGCCUCGGGUCCCGUGUCUGGUCUUUCUGCUCGGAGGGUCUGGCCGCUUUCGGCCAAGAAGAAGUGGCUUUCAUAUUGGAGUACCACGCCGAUGACGAGCUCGCAGUUCCUCGCGACGUUUUGAAACUCUACAAAAUCCUCUACGAAAACGCUUGCAGAGGAGCACCUGUGAUACAGAUGGAUCACCUGCUUUUCCCGGGUGGACUUCUCGGUUCGAAUGAGCACGCCGGGAUUCUAUUCUUGCGGACAUCUCUCCAGUGUACUCAGAAUAUCCUGAAACCAUUGCAUGAGAAUAAUUAUUUGGUUGCGAUGCUGAUCAUGCGGAGUGAAGUUCCGUGGGCGAAACUCUUCCCUCUCCGUCUCCUGUUGAGACUGGGGGCUGAAUCACGCUACUAUCCGUGCCCUCUGGUCAGUCAGCGAUUCCGGAAAGCAGUGUAUUUCGACGGGGAUCAACAUUCCAUCAUGAGCAUUCUUGCCGACUUUCGUAACUAUCAGUAUACCAUUCAAAAUAUCCCUGGCCUCGUCAUUCAUGUGGUCGGCAAAACCUACACAAUCAAGGCCCCGAGAAAUCGCUACGAUCUGAUGAUGAAAGCGAGUACAACGAAUGAAAAUAUUUUGGCGAUUGGUUCGAACUUCUCCUCCGCGGCCGAUUCUCAUCUGGUCUGUAUACAAGGCGAGGACGGGUCCUUCCAAUCGCAAACCAUCAACAUCGCAUCUCUACCUGUCAAGGUCACCGGCGCCAGCUUCCUCGUAUUCAGUGGCGCAUUGAAAUCCAAUUCCGGUUACACAGCGAAGAGCUCGAUCGUCGAAGACGGCAUCCUCGUCCAGAUAGGUCCCCAAGACAUGGCCAAACUCAAGCAGGCGAUCCACGCCAUGGAAAACUAUCGCAUCGUUUGCAAAGAGACCAAGAUUAAUCAGUUUCACGAUCGUUCGCUGACGCAGCCCGCUGCUGGAACAGCGGAACCAGCCGAGGAAGAAUAUGUGGAACUCCAAUGGGUGGAGAACGAAGUCACUCGGAACGAAUCGGUCAUCAGCGUCGUCGACGGAAGCUGCAUGGCAGGAAUCCCAUCAUGCAAAAUAUUCUCGGGGACUGAUUACUCAAACGAUAAAUUCGUUGUGCGAUGGACAGAGCUGUUCUUCCUAGCGAGCAAAGACACCGAAUUAGAUCUUCCGGAUCCAAACAGACUUAUUGAAGCUACGGCACGGUCGAUGUGUGUGGCGCUUCUGCCGCACGCGGCAAAGCUCUACGAACGAGAUCUGAAGAAAGUGGCCCUCAGGAUCAGCUUAGAUCCGGAACAAUUCGGCUAUGAGCUAGGAGCGGGUGGCGAGCCGCUGAAUGGGGAGUUUCUGGCUGAAGUCGACAGCGCCUUGGUGCCUAUCAUAACGUCAUUGGACGGCUCCCAUCAGCCGAUGACCAUCGAGUUGGUCUUCUACGUUCUGCUUAAAUGAAUCCUGUAUAUUAUGCAAAGAAAGGAGGAUAUGUAUCAGUCUUCUCGAAAGGAAUGAGGGACGGGGCUCGAGAGAUCGGGGCUCGCCUUGAAUAAGUAUAACGUUUGCCGUGGACUUGUUCGCGCCCAGUCAGAUGAUGAUCACGUUUGUGGAUCUUACUAGGCGCAGCCGGUCUACUCCCCGACUUAUUAUGUAAAUACUUAAUUGACAAGUGUCAUAGAUUUGAUAUCUGAAAUGAGAAUAUGUUUCCACUGAUCGCCUCGAACACGGCCUGCGAAGCCAUUAAACUCUCGGAGUUUAUCGUUUGUUAUCAAUGCGUUAAGUGCUUCUAGUCAGCACGGACCUGGAGAGACGAUCCUUGAGUUUUCCCUCCCGUCCCUUCUACCGUGAGCUUCUUGGCUGGAGUCACCUAUGAGUUCCCGCCCGGACAAUCAGAGUGGUCAUCAAGAUGAUAGCAAGUGCGUGACGCGAUGAGUCGCCUGUGAUGUUCACAGCUCAUCGGCGCGAACUCUCGCGUUUUGCUCCGGAGUGAGACCAAAAGUCACGAAAAUCUUUUUCGUCCUCGACCGAUUCGAAGUCCGAUGCCCCCCGGUCAAUCGAGAUGACCGCUCUGUUGUCGAUCGAUGGGAGCUCUUGAUCGACCUGUCCCGUGGCCCCUGUUUCGUUCAGAGUCGGUGUUUUAGAAAACUCGAUCGGACAUCAUGUCCGUGAAACCAAUGCAGAUGAUU